UAAAUUACAGCACGAAUACAUACACCGUGAAUUAUAGGGAUCUGACAUCUGACACGUUCAAGUUCAUUCAGGUGCAUCUUAGCACUGUUUCGAACAUUCGAACCCAAGCCCAAGGAUUCCACGUAAAUGUGGUUUCUAACCCAGUGAUUCUACGUGAGUAUACAUAUUUUGUCACCCAAAAAUGAGGUUUCAGAAGCCUUAUUACCAUUCCCGCGUCGCGCUCAUCGUUAUCGAUAUGGAAACAUAUCCAAUUUUUGAAUUCCAGAGGCAGAGUUUGUCACCGAAAAUGUUACGCAAAGAGGUUUUUUCUAAACUACGAUUAAAUAGAGGCUCUACGUCGUGUCGCGAUCGUAGUUCAGAACAGUUCAGAUUUAUAAUGAUUGAUAAUGAUUAUAAUGUUCACGCGGUAGAUGCGCCACGCCACUGUCAGGGACUCUCAGCGCAUGUGUGUCAGCUACCUGCGUAACUUAUUUUCUUGACUACGCUACAACCGUUAUGACAUUGCAAAUGCGAAUGGAAUAUAUUUAUGCGUAUGCAUACAUAUGUGUACAUACAUUAAACGUAUUUCUACAGAGAAAUUGUUGUCAUAUUGUUUUACAGUAGAUAUAUGUAUAAAUACUUAAUUUCGUGUGCUACUAAGGAAAUUAUAUAACACAGUGUACGAAUACUGUUAUUUUGGUGCAAUUAUAAUUUCUAAUCAAUAAUUUAGUACAAUGUAUUGUCGGAAGAUAAUUGCAAAUGCACUUAAGCAUACUCAAUUAUAUACAAGGUCUACUUUAAUUGUUACAAAUAUGUAUCAAUUAAAUCGUUGGAAAAAUGCAUUAAUAGUGUAUCUACCACAAAUUUCUGACAUAAGAAGGCUUUAUAACCCUAAGUUUCAUGAACGAAGAAAAUCAAAUCUCUCUCAAACGAUGUUUAUUUCAAUCUCAAGUAGUUUUUUAUUUACUCUGUUUGGUUCUGAAGAUAAAGAGAAAGAUGAUGAGGCAGAAUUAAUAAUGACAAUUAAACGAUCAAUUUUAGCGAUUCAGAAGGGAGAAUAUAAAAAAGCAGAACAAAUGUUACAUAUUGCUUUGCGACAAGCUCAGACUUUACAACAUUAUAAUGGUAUAACAUAUGUUUAUGAUGUAAUGGCUAAUCUUGCAAUGAAUGUAAGUGACUAUAAGAAAGCAGAGAAACUGUUUGUAUCAGUUCUGCAAAGAUUAUUGUCAAAAGGAGUAGCUCAAGAUGAUUUGGCAGUUAUUCAUAUUAGUUUAAAAAUUGCUGACAUGUAUGGCAAAAUGGGAGAAACAGAGAAGGCUGAAAAUGGUUUCCUGUUUUGCUUACAACAUUUAAAAAAUCACAUGGCUAAGGAUCCCAAGAAUCCAAAUAUUUUACAAUUACUAGGUUUAGCUUCAGAAUGGUAUGGCAGUUUUCUUUAUGCACAAUCUAAAUAUGUUGAUGCUCUUGUGUACUUAUCUGAAGCAUACAACAUAGCUGUAAAAAUUCUUGAUAAAGAAGAUGAACAAAUCGUUGUGCUGCUAAAUAAUUUAGGAAUUGUAAAUUGUAUGAUAAAGGAAUAUGAGCAAGCCAUUAAAUAUUUAACUGAAGCUAUAGAAAUAGGGAAAAAAUUGCCUGAAAUGCUUGAUAUAGGUUCUAUUUAUGUUAAUUUGGGAAAUGUAUACCUUGAAAAAGGAUUAUAUGAGGAAGCUAAAAAGAGUUGUAAGGAAGGAAAACGUUUUACAGUAUGCAUAAUGAAUAUCUAUAGAGGAAAAUAUAUUCGUAUAGUAGCAAAUAUAGAACAUAACGCUAUUUUCACUGGAAUACAGUCCAUCACUGAAGACACUUACAGCCUUGUAAAAAUAUAAGUUCUAGUUUAAGAUUCUUGUUAUAGUAGUUAAGAUCAAGUCUUAUUAAAUGAUCACAAUAUAUUUACAAAGGAAGAUUGCCCAAAUUUAGUAUCAGUUAAAAGUUCUGGAAUUACAGAUACUGUUGCGAUAUAAAUAAAUCCACCUGCUGUGAAUGGAAGAAUCCACAUAGUUGCAAAAUCACCUAUAAGUUCAAAUGAAUGUUUAACUGAAAUUGUAAAUUCAUUGAUUGGGAGUAUAUAGUUUUUACAAUA